AUGAAAAUUGCUUCCUCCGGCGACGACUACCUCCUCUUCUGUGACGUGAUGGAGGAGUUCCACAAGGAGAUCCGACGGUGCCGACGAGCUGCUGGAGUUGUUCCUCAGGGCGGGCACUGGGUCUCACCGGAGUCGAGGUGGAAGAAGAUGACGGCGACGAUGCACUGGUACCCGAGGUGCCCGGACCUGCGGCGAGCGCUGGGACUCAGUGCACACAGCGACUCCGGCUUGCUCUAGAGCAUCGUGCCAGGGCUGCAGCUGUUCCGGCGGGGACCAGACCGGUGGGUGGCAGUGCCGGCGGUCGUUCCUGGCGCCUUCGUCCUCAACGUCGGCGACCUCAUCCAUAUGAUGCUCACCAACGGCCGCUUCCACAGCGUCUACCACCGCGCCGUUGUCAACCGCAACCGCGAUAGGAUAUCGCUCGGAUACUUCCUCGGCCUACCAGCCGAACGUCAAGGUUGCCGGAGGCCUGUGCCGCCCGGCUGGAGCGCCGCCUACCGCGCCGUCACGUGGCCGGAGUACAAGGCCGUCCGCAAGAAGGCCUUCACCACAGGCGGCUCCACCCUCGAGAUGGUCUCCACCCCCACCGCCACUGACGAACACAACGACGUAACCGACGUCGUCCGGGAUGUCAUAUAA